AAAUGGCUGUGCAGGUGGUGCAGGCGGUUCAUCUCGCGUCCGAUGCUUUCUUGAUGUGUCUCAACCACGCUCUGAGCACAGAAAAGGAAGAGGUAAUGGGUCUAUGUAUAGGGGAGUUGAAGGAUGGCACCAGAAGUGACUCCGAAAUUGCGUGGACUGGAGCUGAAUUGCUCACAGUUGAUGAAAAGGUUGACACUGUCAGAAUUGUUCACAUCCAUUCUGUCAUCAUCUUACAGCGUUCUGAUAAGAGGAAGGAUCGAGUAGAGAUUUCUCCGGAGCAGCUGUCUGCAGCCUCCACAAAGGCAGAGAGUAUGGCUGAACUAACAGGACGCCCCCUGAGAGUCGUGGGCUGGUAUCAUUCUCAUCCUCAUAUAACUGUUUGGCCUUCACACAUUGAUCUUCGCACGCAAGCCAUGUACCAGAAGAUGGAUCCAGGCUUUGUAGGACUUAUUUUUUCCUGUUUUGUUGAGGAUAAAAACACAAAUACCAGCCGGGUCCUCUACACUUGCUUUCAAUCCAUACAAGCCCAAAAGAACUCAGAGUAUAGGAGAAAUGAAAUCCCAAUUCAUAUAGUACCUCAUGUCUCCAUUGGGAAUCUGUGCCUUGAAUCAGCAAUAGAACUGCCCAAGAUCCUGUGCCAGGAAGAACAAGAUGUGUAUAGGAGGAUUCACAGCCUUACACAUCUGGACUCAGUAACCAAGAUCCAUAAUGGCUCAGUGUUUACGAAGAAUCUGUGCAAUCAGAUAUCAGUAGUCAGUGGGCCUCUCCUACAGUGGUUGGAAGACAGAUUGGAGCAAAACCAACAGCAUUUGCAGGUGUUGCAACGCGAAAAGGAAGAUCUUAUGGAAAAACUUUCUUCCCUAAAAUAG